GGCCGCUCGGAGCUGCGCGAACAUGGCCGAAGUCGGCGAGGACAGCGGGGCCCGCGCCCUGCUGGCGCUGCGCUCGGCGCCCUGCAGCCCGAUGCUGUGCGCCGCCGCCGCCGCCGCCGCCGCCUUCCCCGCCGCCGCGGCGCCCGCGCCCGGGCCCGCCGCCCCGUCGCCGCCGCCGCCGCCCGCCCAGCCCCCGCCGCCGCCGCCGCCGCUGCCGCCGCCGCCGCCGCCGCCGCCGGGCGCGAUCGCCGGGGCCGCGGGGGGCGCGGCGGGCGAGGCCCUGGUGGCCGCGGCGGCCGCCUCGGUGCGCCGGAGCCCCGGGCCCGCGCUGGCGCGCCUGGAGGGCCGCGAGUUCGAGUUCCUCAUGCGCCAGCCCAGCGUCACCAUCGGCCGCAACUCGUCGCAGGGCUCGGUGGACCUGAGCAUGGGCCUGUCCAGCUUCAUCUCGCGGCGCCACCUGCAGCUCAGCUUCCAGGAGCCGCACUUCUACCUGCGCUGCCUCGGCAAGAACGGCGUCUUCGUGGACGGGGCCUUCCAGCGGCGCGGCGCGCCCGCCCUGCAGCUGCCCAAACAGUGCACCUUGCGGUUCCCCAGCACCGCCAUAAAGAUCCAGUUCACGUCCCUGUACCAUCAGGAGGAGGCUCCGGCGUCCCCCCUGCGGCCGCUGUACCCACAGAUCUCGCCCCUGAAGAUCCACAUCCCGGAGCCGGACCUCCGGAGCCUGGUCAGCCCCGUCCCCUCCCCGACCGGCACCAUCAGUGUCCCCAACUCCUGCCCGGCCAGCCCCCGCGGGGCCGGAUCCUCCGGCUACCGCUUCGUCCAGAAUGUGACCUCGGACCUGCAGCUCGCAGCGGAGUUCGCCGCGAAGGCCGCCUCGGAGCAGCAGGCGGAGGCGUCGGGAGGGGACAGUCCCAAGGAUGAGUCGAAGCCGCCGUACUCCUAUGCCCAGCUGAUCGUGCAGGCCAUCUCCUCGGCGCAGGACCGGCAGCUAACACUAAGCGGCAUCUACGCCCACAUCACCAAGCAUUACCCCUACUACAGGACGGCCGACAAGGGCUGGCAGAAUUCCAUCCGCCACAACCUCUCCUUGAACCGCUACUUCAUUAAGGUCCCUCGUUCCCAGGAGGAGCCCGGGAAGGGGUCCUUUUGGCGGAUAGACCCUGCCUCCGAGGCCAAGCUCGUGGAGCAGGCGUUCCGGAAACGGAGGCAGCGGGGCACCUGCUUCCGCACCCCCUUUGGGCCGCUGUCAUCCAGGAGCGCUCCGGCCUCACCCACUCACCCGGGGCUGAUGUCGCCUCGUUCCAGUGGCCUGCAGACCCCAGAGUGCCUGUCGCGGGAGGGCUCGCCCAUCCCGCACGACCCCGACUUCGGGUCCAAGUUGGCGUCUGUUCCUGAGUACCGGUACUCCCAAAGUGCGCCUGGCUCUCCCGUCAGCGCCCAGCCGGUGAUCAUGGCCGUGCCACCCCGACCGCCCAGCCUGGUGGCCAAGCCCGUGGCCUACAUGCCAGCUUCCAUCGUGACGGCCCAGCAGCCGGCGGGCCACGCGAUCCACGUGGUGCAGCAGGCCCCCCCUGUCACCAUGCUCAGAGUGGUCACCACCUCCGCCAGCUCCGCUAACGGCUACAUCCUGGCCAGCCAGGCCUCGGCAGGGGCCACCCACGAAGCAGCGGGCACGGCCGUGCUGGACCUGGGCAGUGAGGCGAGAGGCUUGGAAGAGAAACCCACCAUAGCGUUUGCCACCAUCCCCGCUGCCAGCCGAGUGAUCCAGACGGUGGCCAGCCAGAUGGCCCCCGGGGUCCCUGGACACACGGUCACCAUCCUGCAGCCAGCCACGCCGGUGACCAUUGGGCAGCACCACCUUCCCGUCCGGGCCGUCACUCAGAACGGCAAGCACGCCGUCCCCACCAAUAGUUUAGCCGGCAACGCUUACGCCCUCACCAGCCCCCUGCAGCUCCUUGCGGCCCAGGCCAGCUCGUCCACUCCGGUGGUGGUCACGCGGGUGUGCGAGGUGGGACCCGAAGAGCCGGCGGCGGCGGCGGCGGCAGCAGCAGCGGCGGUGGCCACCACCGCCACCCCCACCCCCACCACCCCCACGGCCACCUCUGCCUCCUCCACCGGGGAGCCCGAGGUCAAGCGGUCCCGAGUGGAGGAGCCCGUGGGGACUGGGACCACGCAGGCCGGGGUGAUCACGGCUGCCGGCCCGCAGGGGCCCGGGACCGGGGAGUGACGCCGACCGCCUGGAUGGAGUGGGACACUUGCCAGAAGGAGCUCUGGAGCCGGACCGAGGCGGCGACACCGCGGCCACGCGGGGCCGGGAAAGCUCCACGCGGCCCCGAGCCCCGUGCCCCCCGGCCCGGACGCCUCCGCCUGCCUGCACUGGGGCGCGUGGUCCUCCUCGCCGUCUCGCCUCCUGCCCCUGCUCUGGUUUCAAACAAAACACAUAAACGCGUUCAGACAGCUGAUUGUAUGAUUCUGGGGCUUCUUUGUGUCCCUUUUCUCCCCCCAGCUCCGCCUUCGCUCCCCAGGCCUCUCGUCCAGGGCGUGGGGAGAGGGUUAUGGCCCAGUGUCGGGGCGGCCCGCCCGCAGAAAGCCAGGCUCCUGGAGCAGGACGGAGACGCAGCCUGGCACGGACGGCGCCUCCGAGGGAGAGGCCGGGCGUGGGGUUCCGCCCUGUGCGCAGGAGACGGUCGGGGCGCGGGCCGGGGGGUGGCGCCGCCGCCAGGUUGCAGACUCUGCCGCGGGGCAAGGAUCGGCAUUAAUCGGGUGCGGGGAGGGGUCUCACCUGGCCUUGGACCCCAGUCUUGAGGUGAAAUGUGGAAUUCAGGCUUAAUCGUAAAUCUGAGACGGAGGAGGGAUCACGUGCCCCGAGGUUUCAUCUCUAGACGCUGUCACGCCUGGAGGUCUGAGGUCCCGGCCUGGCAUUAAUCCCCGAGUGAAUCUGCCACUCUGGUAACUUCAAGAAAGAUUGACGGCCUCCUGGGUUGGUGUUCAAGGCGGAACCGGCUGUUGGGACGAAAGAUCGGUCUGGGCCAGCAGGCUGCAGCGUCCGGCCGGUGUCCCGGCCACCCUGCGAUCCAGUGGCUCCUGGUGCUCAAGGCAGGAGCAGGGGGUGGUCACGCCGUGUCGCUCCAGAAACAGGAGGACGAGCGCGUCUCCUGGGCUCUGGCGUCUGGUGCCGGCACUGCGGUCUCUACCCUCGACGGCCUGUCUGUCUCCCAUCCAGCUGCCUCCACGCCCACAGCACCGGCAGCCCCAGGCCUUGUGUGCGGCACCCACGGGGAGAGCCCAGGCAGCCCUCAGACCCGCACCCCUCGGAGAUGCCAGCAGAGCUGCCCAGUGGAUGCCUAGUCGGGUCUGGUGAGAUCUCUGCCCUUCGGCUUCAUUCAGAGAACAUUCUCAGGAAACGUCAAGUGACUGAGCUCAGCCCGGUCUUGGCUCCUCGCACAGGCACCUGGAGGCCCCAUGGGAGCAGUUCCUUCCACCGCACAGCCGUCCUCAGUCUCCCGCUCCUCCCUGAGCCCCGACGGCUGCACUGCCCAGAGCAGGUGCAGGCCUCACGCGGCUGGGACCUGCCUGCCGGGGGACCUCGGCUCGGGCCUGACCUCCAGGCAGCGUGGGUUGUCAGCGGAUGGGGCCGGCUGCCGCCCAGCGGGUGCGAUGGCUCCGCCUUGCUGUCCCCACGCAGCCCCAAGCUGGUCGUUCCCACGGCACCACACUUCAGGGGGGAAGCGAGCUGCUGUGUGCGUCCGUCCUGCACAGGUAGUCCUGGGAGUUUGCAGAGAGCCGGGAGGGUGGCCGCUCCCGCCGCCCCACCCUGGCGGGAGAGCAGCUCAUUCCAUGCUGACGUUUCCCGUUGUUUCAUGUAAACUUGUCUUUUGCCGACGUGUGUGGUGUGUAUGGGUGAGAGUGUGUAGGGCCGACGGCUGGCGAGGGCCCUGGCAUGGCCUGUGGCUCCUUGCCCGCUCACUGCUGCUCCGCCCUGGGCCCGCGCGUGGCCUCCUGCAGGGGCACAGGCACCGGGACAGCUGGUGGCAGAACACCGACCUCGGCCUGGCUUGGUCUGACCUGACCCCGGCCUCUCCUCACCUCUGAGGUGCUUUGCUCUGUCCGCUGUUAGUGGAGACGGCUCUGUGUUUUCUGGAACUGGCUCAGGGGGAGGCAAGUGGAGAGGGUGGUGUCUGGAACAGGGCGGGAGGGGACGGUGUGCCCAGCAGUGACAUUCUGCCACGUGGAGACCUUGUGCCUUUUUCGCCCCUGCUGGGAAGGAGGAAGGGACCCUGUGAGGCCAGGCCUCGGGGGGGCGGCCACUCCACUUCCCCAUAAGCCUCUGGACGGGCUUUUGGUCCUCGGACCACAGGGCCGGCUCGGCUCUCGCCAACACUGGUCCUGGGGCUGGUCGCCAGGGGGCCCAGGAGAGGCCAGCUCCUCAGGGAAGAUGCACGUCCCAGCAGGAAAGAGAGCCCUGUGUCCACGUGGCCGACCAGACGGGGGUCGCCCCCACGCGAGCAGGAGCGCCAGGCAGAGUGACCCGGAGACCCACCACAGCGCGGGCGGGCCGACCCGGUGGGGCUGAGAAGAGAAGCAGCUGAAGUGGUCCGGCCCCGUGCUGGUGGCACGGCAGCCCCCGCUCACCCAGGGCGGGAAUCCACGUGGAGGGAUGGGCCCGGCGGAGGCACGGCCCCUGCUGUCGAGGCUCCCUCUCCGUCUGGGUACCUGGGUCCGCCUGCCUGGCUGCUGCUUGAUGAGGCGUCGCCUUUACUGGCGCCAAGUACAGAGAAAGGCGCUCUCUGCAGAGGGAGGAAGUCGCAAAAUGACCCCUUUUAGCUGAGCUGCUCCCCCAGGACAGCUUAGUACGACCUCGGAAGCAGGGAGGGUUGUGACCCUUUUCCUGUGUCACGCAGCCCGGGAGCCCCUCAUCUGAGGAGAGGGGAGCUUAGCUAAGGGUGAGGGCCUCUUAGCCAAGAGCGGGCUCCACGGAGCCUUAAGUACAGUUGAGGCAGGGGAAUGAUCUUGUUUUUCUGCAGAAGCCUCAAGGCUGCCCUGGCCUGGAGAGGUGGCCGUGCAGGGGUCACAGCCGCAUCUCCUCCCCUCCGAGUGUCGCGAGUGUCGCAGCCCUGGCUUCCGGCUGCCUCUCACUUCACAUCCGAGCAGGCAAGUGUGCUGCUUGUUCUGGAGUAAGUUUCCCAAAGCGACCGUGAGCUCCGUGAGUCCAAAGGGCCUGAGUUGCUAAAGCGAGGCCUCGAGCCACCUUCGUGGCUGCCGGUGAAAGCGGCUUUCCCAGGGCCGCUGGCGGCCGCCUGUGUCGUACCUCUGUCGAGAAGCGACGGUAUUUUAACAAGAACCAUUUAAAUUAUUCACAUGUGCUGCUAUGAAGGUGGACCUGCGGGGGCGGGGGGCGCCCAGUUUCUGUCCAUGGUCCUUGAUUGUGUCCUGUGCUGUAUAAAUUCCUUUCUUUGGUUGCUUUCUUGGGGCCUGGUUUCCCACAGGAAGGUUGAAGUCGCUCGGGACACGGUUCUGUCCACACAGGGUGAACCCGCCUUUCUCGCCGGCCCUGUUUCCUUUCCCACCAAGGGCCACUGCCCCUACCGUCGAGGAGGGGGUCUGGCCCUGGCCCUGCAGGUGCCUCUGUCCGCUCGCGGCCCUUGGUGGCCUCGUGUGAUUGUGAGGGGCCCUCCUGGUGCCAGCUGCUCUCGAGACUGGGAUCGGGUGACCCAAGAGUGAACUGAGAUAAAAAGUAGGCCCAUUUCACCAGCCGUGUGCAGGGAAGGUGUUCUGCUCUCCCUUGGAAAGCAGGGCCGCCGGCUGGGUGUCGCUACCCCAGGCAUCUGCGGGCCAGCCUGGGGCCACCUCUGCUGAAGGAUUUUCCAGCCCAGGCUCUGCUCUGUUGCUGGAGGGACAGUCCCCAACGUGCCCGCAUGGUGCCCUGGGCAGGGUCCACGCUCCUGGCCCCGCUGGUGGUCCCCAGGCACAGCCCGGCUGGCUCCCGGGGCGGCGGGGAAGUGACGCGAUUGUCAGGGGCACAGGCAGCUGAGCAGAGGACCUUAGAGUCUGAUGAGACCGGACACCGGCAGCAGCCGCUGCGGAGGGUCCUGUCUGCUUCUGCCGAACGGUCAACCCUGCUGCCUGGAGAGGGACGCUCUGCUGCCCCCGGGACGGGCCGCUGCGCUGCGUUUCCACGCGGGACGGGGUGGGCGCUCUUCUUGGGGUGAGCGAGCCUCGGGGGUCCUUUGAGCCUUCCUCGCCCCAACCAGCGGCUGGUCUCGGCUGCUCAGGGUUUUAGGAAAGAGUGAGGGGCGCAGUUAGGUAACGUCUGGGCAUGUUCUUCUCUCCAGGGAGAAAGCCCGCUCAAGGGUUCCCCCGUUCCUUGCCCCAGCCUGUCAUGCCCGCAGCCACUGGGAAGAGGUCGUGGGAAGACAGAGCCUGGGGCCCCGGGGAGGCAGGCCCGCUUCUCUGCCCACUCACUGACCAGCCGGCCGGCGGCCGCGCAAGGGCGCCUCCAGGUUUCACAGUCACCUUCUUGCUUCCGAGGGAGACAAAAGGGAUCUCCAAGCUGCUGUCGGCUGUUUGCCCUGACCCACUUGUUUUAAGAACGGGAACAGUUCUAAUUUCUCAUUCUUUAUUUGAAGACCUUUUCUGGCAUUGUCUGCUCGUUUUUGAUACGUCCUGCUCUUUGCUGGUGGUUUCCUCUGGGCCAGAAACAGCAACAAGGGCAGGGGAGGCUCGCCCUGGGGCGGGGGGGGCGUAGAUCUGUGCCUGGGGGUCUGUGCUCCUGCAGUGACAGGACUUGCGCGCCUGAGCUGCUGCCUGCAGCCAGGAGGAGCCGUUGGGACCUGUCCCCGUAGGGGCUGAGCUGGAACGAGGCCUGCGACUCGGACGUGGAAUUUUUGGGUGCGUGAAGUUAACUGGCCUCGCGUUUCGCAAAUGACACCUGUGGCUGCUUGAGAUCUCAGCCUCUCCAUUUCUGGGUUAACUGGUCAGAGUUUUUCUUUUUUAAUCCGUAAAAGGGGGAUUUAAAAAUCAAAUAUUUUAGGUUUGUCUCUUCCCACCUCCCCUCCCAACCUCCCUUCAGGAAGGGCUUUCUGGAUACCUAGUAGGCGAGAACUUACCUGGCUCGGUUUCUGUUUCAGGACAGGGAUGGGCAGGAAAGAGAGGUGUGUGUCCCAGGUUCUGGCGCAUCUGAGGGAGGGAUUAAGUCCAGCACGGAUUGCUUUUUCUUAUCUGACUGAGAAUUCUUCUGUAAAGAUCAUUGGGGGGGUGGGUGCUUUUAGGGGUGUGUCUGUGUGUGAAUGUUUUUGUUUGUUUUUGUUUUUUACAGUGGCUGUCUAAAGUAUUUUUCACAAUACGUUUAAUCACCAGUGCUUUAAAAAGCGGUGGUACCCUAUAGAGUGGGAAUUGAGGUGCCAGAGCGUUGGGUGGGAAGCUUAGGUCGUGUCAUGUUGCAGUGUUUCACCGCAUGAAAGUGACAUCUGGCCUACAGGACGCCCUGGAGGGGUUGGCAGAGCCCCGGCGGGGGCAGGACCCGCACCACCACCAGGAAGACGGGACCCCCAUCACAGCUGGGCCGGCCUGCGUUUUCAUUUCAAAGGGGAUACAGUAUUUUUUUAACAAGGAGCCAUACUUUUUUUUAAAAGUUUGAGAUCUGAAUGUGAUUUCUAAUUGUAUCAGACGUUAAUGUUUUAAAGCUAUAACAAAGGUUAAAAUUUCUACUUUUUUUUUCAUUUAACUGUUCUUUUAUUAAAUUGUUGUAUGUGGAUGGGGAAGUUUUGUUUCUCCAAUUAGCAUUCGUUUCUAUAACCAGAAAUAAAAUUAUAUAUUAAAUGACA